AUGACCGACGAGUGCCAGGAACCCACUGAAUACGAAUACUCGAACUACCAUGUCAAGUGGCUCGGGAAAAACUACAAGCUAGGCGAUCCAACGCAUGGAACGGUCCUGGAUGCGGAUCUCGAAGACCUUGCUAGGGAGGAGCAUCUUCGUGCGAAGGAAACGAUACACGGCCAAUCUAUGAGAAGUGCCCGGGCCCUCUGUGCAUUUCAUGGUUAUGGAAGAAACUCUGUGUGGCCACCAGUUGACCCUGGAAGGCCCACCGGAGAGCUUUUGGAAGAAUUGAGGCAUGUCAACCAGUUUGUUCAAUCGGAAUGGUCAAGAUUGAAUGAAAUCGUAGUCGGCAAAGAGCGAGAGAUCCAGGAGAUCAUCAUAAACCUCACUGAUGGAAAAGUCAGAGACCGGAAUGGGAAGAAUCUAUGCAUUCAAGACUGCCUGGAGAAAAGCUGGGAAGAGACCAGAAAUGUGUUCAAUGCCGAAUAUACCCAAAGCCGUUCAAAGUCAAGACCCGUUCACAUGGAGAGUGAUUUCAGCCUGGAUCCUGAAGGCUAUAUCAACCCCAACCAUUCAAGUGAUCUCGACGACUUUGCCCAUGAAUAUCUCCGCAACAUCAGAGUCAACUUCCACUGGAUGAACAACGGUGAACCGAAGAUACUCGAGGAAAAGAGACAGUACCCACUCUAUCGCAGUACGGCCAACUAUCGCGACGACAGGAAGGCUAUGGAAGACGCUAUCAUGGACGAUAUCGAGUUCCAAAAUUUGAGGAAACCGAGUCCAGAACCUGCAGCAGACGCCUCUGAACUAGCCGGGUAUAAAUUGGAAGUAGAAGAUGCACUGCGAAAGCAAAGAGCUCAUUUCUUGGUCUCGCACAUCAACAAGGAAGAUCUUUCUAUCCCACUCAAUAUGCUCAUGUUCAUCCACUAUCGGGCUCGACUUCACCCAAUUGACUUUGCUUUCCAAGAUAACAAUCGUAUGCACCUAGGAAAGCAGUCCCAUAUUUUGUCAGGCGCUUGCGAUCCUUCGUUUCAUGUCAUGUUUGUCCCAGUAAAAGACCAUGAGCACGAAAAUCCAUACCGAAGAGCUUGGUGUGAACCUCGGAUUUUUUCCAAGCACUCACCCGAGAUGAAUGAAGACAGGCUUGAGGACUUGCAAUCCGCCGGGCGCAUGUUCGGAGAUACUGGAAAUUGGGAUUUCAGCAAUACAAAGAUCAAUAUGCUCAAAGAAAAGAAGGGAGCCGAAACAAUGCAAGACAUCUCAUCGAUUCGACAAUAUGAACCAAAUUGCACUGGGUUCAACCCGCAAAGAUAUCGCACUAAGCUCAAGGACAAAAGUGCGGCGGCUGAAGAACACAUCAAGAACCUUUUUGACGACCCUGUCUACCUGACCAAAUACAUCGCGGAACAAAAUGUUCAUCAUUGGACUAAUAUUGCCGAAGACUCAACGUAUCUGCCGAACGAGUACUCUCAGAGCUACCAUGAUCCAACUUUGCGUAACGUACUAUAUCGAAGUUGCAUGAGGAGUGUACUGAGAAGGGCUUUUUUUGAGUUCUUCAUAUGGGAAGCCAUUACAAAUGCCUUGGAAGAUUUUGAAACCUUCGAACAAGAGACACUCAAAGAACCACCCAAAAUGGAAGAAUUCGGGUACUUCAAAAGGACAGCUGCACCUAGACCUCAUGUUUCUGAAGAAUUUGGUACGUAUACAGCAAAAUACCUUCAAAUUCAGGAGUUGAUCCGGCACGCCGCGGCUUUCUUCAUCUUCGCAUUCCGUAAAGAAGCAAUCCAUGCCGCUUCUGAGCCCAUGCGCAACACCUACCUUACCACUAAAAGGCCAGAGUACAGGCAGGAUUGGUUGAUCAGAGAAUACUAUGACAGCGAAGACACUAUGCUUGACUUCCAAGAAAAGGCUUUGCACAGUGACCGAGGGGGAAAACAUCGCAUCGUGGCUGAGCUUAUUGAGAACUUCAUUUCGAACAAGCAUUCCUCCAUGUAUGUCGGCAUCCGGAAGACUACGGAUAAAGUAAAGAGGCAUAUUGAAGCCCACAACCGUGACGCUGGGCCAGAAGACAAGUUCUCAAAUCUGAUCAGCCAAACAAUCGACGGUUUGGAUCUACUCGCCGAUGUUGCAGAGCAUCUGGAGCUUAUACCUGGUAUGUUCCGCAAAUCUAACGAAUGGACGAAGGAGUCCGAGAAAGACUUUCGCGAGAUGGUUUCUAGGAUGCUCCAGGAGUUUUCAUCUUAUGACCUCUUUGCCCUCGACAACUGUGAUUUCCGAGACAAACACGUCCCUGCUAAACGGACGCAUCGAAUUUUCCGCUUUCUCGACGAAUUGCAAGGGUUCGAUGUCAAAGAACAGGAGAUGAGCUAUGGCAAGGCGAAGGGCGACAUCAAGCGCUUUGGUGCAUCUCUUCUCCGGGGGCUCAUAUAUCCAUUGAAUGAAAAAGACAAUGAGCUUAUAUAUCGGCACAAAACCUGGGGCACGAGUAUCAAACCACUUUAUGAUAGAGGGAAGGUAUUCCCAGCAAAUGGACGGGCACUGGAGCGUCUGACGAAAUGCAUGGGAAUCACCAGGGAGCAAUUCACCUUUGCCGAAACUGAGCAUCCUCUCGAUCUUGAUGCCCAAGGAUCCAACCGCAUACAGAAGACCUCUGAGGAGGAUAGAAAGAUCAGAACGGAAAUAUGGCUAGCCUUCAGGGAAGUGAUGACGAAACAUCGGCAAGAGCAGAAGAAGAAGCUGGGAUAUCAGAAGAAGCGCAAUAAAGAUAAGGUACGGCCGCUGAAGUCGUAUGAACCAUACAGGGUCAGCAAGGACAAUAAGGGAAUGGCGCCUUUACGAACGACGGGGAAUCAAUUGCGAGAAGAGAUGAAGGCGGGUGAAGAUGUAGAAAUGGGGGACGUGGGCUUUGGUGUUUCACCCAUGAAUGAUCAAACUCAGCCCUCGAAUGCACCACAGGAUAUAUUCAAUGCUCGGCCGCCCCGUGUGCGUCCUCCGAGCACAUACAGGCCUCCACCCCCAAAGCCGGCACACCGUACAGAACCUGUUCUGGAUCCUAAGCUGGCACCAGACGGACUGCCCAAGAGGGAAAUCAACAAGCAUGCAUGGGAGACAUUGAAAUCACUCACGUUGCGGAAGAUAAUAUACACCAACGCUCAGGGCAAAAGGGUUACAGAAGAACUCCCAGCGGGGAGUUUGAACGAUGUUGAUAGUACAUUUCGCGGCGAGCUCGGGUUUCGUCUGGAAUUUGGCAAGGGUCGGCACCGUAAGUUCAUUUGGACUGAGGAUUGUGUAUGGCCAGAAUCGUGUCGGUUGAAGAAUUUCAACUUCAACCCUGACAAAAACGCGACAAGAGGCUCGGACUUGAUACAGGAAACAAUGAAAAAUUGGAGCUUAUGUUUGGAGGAUGCUGGAAUUACUUGGAGCCUUGUAAAGCAGUGGUGUAUACAGAAGAAGGGGGACAAGGAGACAUAG